GGCCUUCAGAGCGGGAGAAAGGGCCGCACAAGCCGAAGGAAAUCAAGGAUCCCCGAGGAGGGUAGCAGGGCUAGUCAAUCUCCUCCAUGAAGUACCCAGGAACAGUUCGUGGCCCGGCCCGGGAGCGACUUCUGCACGCCAGCUCCCCGGGCUUCCGGCGGCGAAACACACUGAAGAGGACCGUCUGUCACAGCAGCAGGUCUGAGGCGGGGUGAGCCGUGGCCGCACCGCCCCUUUCACUUUCAGUCCUCUGGCUCGGCUCCCAGAGGCGAGUAGGCGGCUCUUGCCCUGCUGGCGGGAGUGAGAGAGGGUUGCUGGCUCCUCGCUGCAAGCAUCCGGGCUGGGGGCAGCGGCUGCACCUCCGCUGGGACGGGACGGAACCAACCCACACGCAUGGCUUCGACCGUGGCCCCACUGAAGAGAGUGGCUCGGGAGGUUUUGGCUGCGGUGGUGAAUCGAACCGGCCUCCGCGGCAUUCAUCGGGUCAGUGCUCUACAAAUUGAUGCACCACCCACCUCACCCAUAACAAGCAAAAGCUAUGUCCAUGGGGUGUCAAAAAUUCAGUUGCUCUCCAAAACUCUGAAUCAGUGCUUGGAGGAAACAACUCACCGGAAUCCUGAACAAGAAGCCUUAGUGUUUGCUACUGAGGGAAUUCGGAAGACUUUUGCACAGUUUAAGCAAGAUGUGGAGCAGGCAGCAGCAGGGCUUUUGGCCCUUGGCCUGAAAAAGGGUGACCGGCUGGGAAUGUGGGGCCCCAACAAGUAUGAAUGGGUCCUAAUGCAGUUUGCCACAGCUCAGGCAGGAAUCAUCCUGGUGUCUGUGAACCCAGCCUAUCAAGCCCAUGAACUGGAGUUUGUGCUGAGGAAGGUUAGCUGCAAAGCACUGGUGUUCCCUACACAAUUUAAAACACAGAGAUACUAUGAGAUCUUGAAGAAGGUCUGCCCUGAACUGGAACAAUCUAGUCCAGGGGCAAUAAAGAGCAAGAGGCUGCCAGACCUUUCCAUUGUAAUCACCUUGGACUCCAAGCUACCUGGCACGAUCACGAUGGAUGAUGUGAUGCAGGCUGGAGACAGCAGCCACAAAAAGCAGCUACAGGACAUACAGAAGACACUGGACUGCAAAGAGCCUAUCAACAUCCAGUUUACUUCAGGAACUACAGGAAGCCCCAAAGGUGCAACACUCUCUCACUACAAUAUUGUAAAUAAUGCAUAUCUCAUUGGCAUAAGGAUGAGAUGCUCCAGUAGGGAAACCCGUUGUUGUCUCCCUGUCCCUCUCUACCACUGCCUGGGGUCUGUGGGAGGCUGCAUGCUGAUGGCUGUCCAUGGUGUGUCCCUUGUCUUCCCAUCACGAAGCUUUGAGGCAAAAGCUGCACUGAAGGCAGUGGACCAUGAAAAAUGCACUCAUAUACAUGGCACUCCGACCAUGUUCAUAGAUAUGCUAGCCCAGGCAGACUUUGACAACUACAACAUUUCAACUCUUCAGGGAGGAGUCAUUGCAGGCUCAACAGUGCCUCCUGAAGUAAUUAAGAAGAUCAUGAAGAAAAUGAACAUGCAGGAGAUGGUGGUUGCUUAUGGCACUACAGAGAACAGUCCUGUCACUUUCAUGGGAUUCCCUCAAGACAACAUUAGCCAGAAGACUGAGACUGUGGGAUGUAUCUUCCCCCACACAGAGGCAAAGAUUGAAGAUCCCGAUACAGGGAAGGUUCUCCCACUCAACACCCCAGGAGAACUUCAGAUUCGAGGCUACUGUGUCAUGCUGGGAUACUGGGCAGACCCCCAAAAAACUGGCGAAGUGCUUAGUGAUGAGCAAUGGUACAAGACUGGGGACAUUGCUAUUCUUGACGAGUAUGGCUACUGCAAGAUUGUAGGUCGUUGCAGAGACAUGAUUAUCCGCGGAGGGGAGAACAUAUACCCAGCAGAGCUUGAACAGUUUCUUCACACCCACCCUAAGAUUCAGGAAGUACAGGUGGUAGGUGUGAAAGAUGAGAGAAUGGGAGAGGAAAUCUGUGCUUGCAUCAGAGUAAAAGAGGGAGAGGAGUGCACCACAGAGGAAAUCAAAGCAUUUUGCAAAGGAAAGAUUGCUCAUUUCAAGACUCCUCGUUACAUUGUGUUUGUAAAAGAUUUUCCACUCACAGUCUCGGGCAAGAUUCAGAAAUACAAACUGCGGGAGCAGAUGGAGAAGCAGCUUCAGCUUUGAGCAGACCCAAGAGAACCCCAAAUGAAUGUGCCUUCUGCCAACUUCUUUUAUAUUUGAGCUCUAAGUGGUUACAGAGCUGGUGCCACCCGCCCGCCUUAAGAUGCACUAGUCCACCUGCAGCGAAAUCAACCUUUUUCAAAUAACAGUCUUUUUUAAAAAAAAGUGUUCCUUCAACUGUUUUUCUGUGUAAACAAAUCCAUGCAAAAUUUACACUUUAAUUUAAAGCUAAAGCUGUGUAAAUGGUCUCCAGAAAGAUACCCUCCUCCCAUAAGAGAAUUUUCAUGGUUCUUGAGGUUAUCAUUCACAGCACAUCAAAGAGAGCGUAAACCUUGCUUAUCCCAUGAAUCAGGUGCCUUCAUUUGUUGCAUUACAUUCUGGACAAUUAUUUUGUUAGUCUUGUGGUUUUGGUGUUCUAAUGAUGCACCAAAAGGGGAUAACAACACAGAAAAUUAACACAUAUAUUCCUGAAAUUCUAUGAGUACAAGUUUUGAGCGAUUGUGCUGCAAAUUAGCAGCCAAACAGAAGAAAGAAAAACACGUGCUUUUUAGUUGUCAGAAAGUCCAUUUAUGUGAAGAGGAGCAUAGUAGCUCAAACCAUGAAAGCAAGUGCCUUUCAGAUUUUUAGUAAUAUAUUUGUGGGUGGGUGCUUUAUUUUAUUUUAUUUCAUUUUAGCUUCUUUGGGUUAUACUACAAAUGAAGGAUCCUGGUUCAUGGGAUAAGCAAGGCUAUAUACACCCUUCCUGAUGUGCUAUGAUCGCCCCAAGAACAAUGAAAAUGGUCUCAUCCUUUAUGGUCAUCCUUUGGGGGCUGUGUUACUGGGUUCUGCCUCUCAUUUUGCUUUUCUGAUCCCCUAUCAUUCAAGAGGAUCAUCAACACACUAAGAAUGUUUGAAGCCGCUUGAAAGGGAGGGUUCACCCUGAUGUGGAAGCAGGGCUGGCUGGGACUUCCUGCUUUAUCACUUGCUUAUGUUUUAGUCUCUCAAACAGAACAUCUGGCCCAUGCAUUCUUACCUCUGGUUAGUUCAAUGGAUACACAGGGAACAAUUAGACAAGAUGCUAGACAUCCACAGCCAGGCUCUCCUGCUGCUAAGUCUUCUUUUUAAUUUAAGGGAGCAGGGUAUGUGUGAUUCAGAUUGGGUCCCUGGUACUAGGGGAGGGAGUUAAACAUUUCCAUGCCAUUUUCCUGACACAGCAAGCCCCCCAGCUGCUGUGUCUCCCACACAGGUAAAAUCAUGCAAGGACUUGUGUGUUUUCCCUUGAGGAGCAAAUGGCAAUUUCAGGGGGGAGUUUUAAUAAGAAAAGAAAAAAACAGCAGGGAAAUGAUUAAAUCCACUCACACAGUGCCACCACAGUCCUCCUGAUAUGCUCUCGACAACUAUUAUUAAGUUUUGGGAGAAGUGAAAGAACUUGAUCAUGGGACUUCUGCAUCUCAUCUUGUUGGCCCAUAGAAUUAACAGUUAAGACAGUCGUGUAUGACCAAAGGGGAAGAACAGAUGUCUGUGGGUCCUGUGUCUUGAAUCGACCCAGGGCCCCUUAGAAAAUGACUCAAGAACUCAGCUCUUUCAUCACAUCUACAAAUGUUAAUUUAUGGGAACCCCCUUCCUGCUUCUAAAUAGAGGCCAUUUUUUAAAUUCUGUCUACGUCAGUGUAUUUGGUCAUGAGGCUGAACAUUAUCACACAUUAGAUUUCACAACUAUUUAUUUCUGAAAUGAAACAGUUACCCAAACCAUAAAAAUGCCAAACUUCCCAUCCUAUCAGGAGCACAAGACAGAAUGCGCCUGGGAUGGUGUUUUUUUCACGGGAGCAUUUGGCAUCUCCCAACCAUGAUCCACUGAACCUCAGAGGUUGAUGGACAAAGCUUCUCUCUCUGGCUGCAGUGCCUCCUCCAGCUGAAUGCUUUACAAGGUGGUUCCUUGCCUUGCUGCUGUGCAUUGUCCUCACUUUUUUCUUCCAUUACAGCCUGAUGAAGCUGCAUAUAUGAACUCCCUCAUACGGAAUUGUUCCAACAUUCAGUGUUGGCUACACUGAAUGCUUGAAUUGCAGGGAUGCAGGCACCUCCUGCCCCCUUAGCUUUUGUGGGCUGCCCCCUUAGCUACUGGUUGUUUUUUUUACAAAAACUGCAGUGGGGAACAUAAACAUCAGAGGGUGGAGCCUGUAAAUUUCAUAAAGGGCUCCCAAUCCCUACCUUUCCCCUCCAUAAUUUGAGCACUGGUUUGGCACUUUCUAACAAGAGUCUUUCCCAGCAUCUACCUGGAGAUGUCAGGAAUUGAUGUAUGAUGAUUCCCUGUCUCAAAAGGGCUCACUUCUAAAAAGAAAUAUAAAGUAGGCACCAACAACCACUACAGGAGGGGUGCUGUGCUAGGAUUGGAUAGGGCCAGUUGCUCUCCGCCUGCUAAAGGUAAGAGAAUCGCCACGUUAUAGGGUGCUUCUUUGCUCAAUUAGCAGUGGUUGAAGGAAGGAAACAAAGUGAAUGCGUCAAUGUAUUCCUUUCCUUUGAAGAUCUUUUGAGGGAAGUUGGGGAGAACGUGUUCUUCAUUCACCAGGGAACAUGAGAAAAAAAUAAAAGGAGUCAGAGUAUGUGUUACACUCCUGUCUUCAGUCUUGGAUAUUACAGCUGUGAGGUGGUUUCUACCCAUGGAAGCAGAACAUCUAAGCAUAAGGCCUUCAGAUCGUAUUUUGCACCUGAAAGAAAAUAGAAUCCACAUCAGACCAAGAGAAGGUUUCACGCAGUAAUGUGUUUGAAUGUCUAAGGUGUUGUUUAAAAAAAGAUAAUUGUCAAGUUAAAAGCCCAAUGUGUUGUUAUGCUCAGUGAUAAAGAGAUGGGCAGUACUAUGAAGAGGAAGGGCCAGAGCCAUGCUGAUAAAAAGGAGAGGGCCUGGUUCUCUGGGCCUACCACUGCCCUUUGCUUCUAUCAAAAUGAUGGUGACUGUGGCUUAGAUGAAGGGUUCCAGAGGAAAACGUUGGAGCAAAGAGCUUUCCCAACCUCCCCAGCUCUCCACUAUUAUCCAAGCAUGAGCACAAGGAGGAAGAGGAAACCCACAGCUAGCAGCCUAUACUCCUUCCUCUUUCUCUGUUCACACUUCUCUAGAAGUAGACUAGCACGAAUGCCUGCCACUCCAUUCCACAUUAAGCUGAGCUGUAGGGGGAUUCCAGGGCAGAAAAACCCUGGGAAUCGAGGGGAAGGCCAACAAGUUGAAUGGCCUAAUGAAGCAUGGGCCUUCUCUUUCCCUCUAUUUCCUGCUUCAUGCUCAGCCUAGUCCAUAGCGGAAGUUGAUAGCAUCAGCCUGCUUCUGUUCUGAGCAAGGAGGGGGACAAAUGUUCCAAAAAAUAAAAUAAAAUACAGCAAUAUAGGAUAAACCAAAAGGUAAAGCCAAGUGAAAAAAAUCAAGAGGGGGAAAAUUCACAAGGAAAGGGAAGUUUGGCUUAGAAAGGAAAAUGAGGCUAAAAUGCAAGGAAUCGCUACAUAAGAAGGGUUUUCCUUCCUUAGGGUACAAAGGAAAAGGAUAAAAUGAACAAAGGAAGAAAGAACCAGAACCCCUUUUCUCAGUAACGCAUAGCUCUUACACUUUGAUCAGAUCACCCCAGCUUUUCUCUCAUCCUCUUUGGCUAUCCACUCAUUUAACAACUUCGCUAUUUUCAUGCUAAUUAACAAAAUUAAUUCUGUAUUGAAUAAUAAUGACUUGGGACAUUUUAAAAAUGCAAUCCUCUAUUGUUUUCAAGUUUUCUGUUGUUGGAACCCUGGCAUGCUCAGUUGGACACCAGUAGUACAUCAAGAAGACUUAUUAUCAGACACAGAUCCACUCAUGGUGCCCUGUUGCUCAGCCAUCAACAAGUUAUCAACAAGGUCGUUUCAUUGAUUUUAGUUGAAACCUAUUGUUUCCCAUUUACUAGGGAUAAUGUGUGCAAAAUACAACAUUGCACUCAUGGCACCACACUGUUGGCCUAACAGAAAAACAGACAGUAGCUCAGAGCUGUCACUUUUGACCCAAACGAUUUAACAUGGAUCCCAGUAGGUAACACCUCCUUAACACACCUGCGGCUAAAAAACCACCCUGGUUAACAGUUGUUGCUGAUGCAUUAAGAGCCACAUUUUGCAGCUGAAAUACUUCCCCUUCCUACUUUAACAUUCCAGUUCUUGAAAACAAAUGCGUGCUUAAUGCAAAUUAGCUUUUAGUGAGUGCUCAUGUGAGAACAUGCUUUGACAAUUGUGCCCUCCUCCAAAAUGCCUGUAUGGCUCAGUGGCUAAGAGGGACAUCAGCCAUAUAGAAAGCAUUGGUUUUUAUCUGCCCUGCGGGACAUAUUGGAUCUGUGUAAGGUCAUACUAACCUCAUCUGCUAUAAUGACAACAAAGCUAUACUCGAGCCAUAGGUUGCAAAAAUUAUUAGAUGAGUAAUAAGCCACAGUGUAGCUUUAGCCACAGUGAUGAACCUGCUUAACUUGGCUAGGUUAUGGUCAUGUCUGUGGCACGUGCAGGGCUGGCCUGUCCACUAGGCAGACCUAGGUGAUCACCAAGGGCAUUGAUUCUUGGGGGGACACAUAAACAGUGUCGGAAUAGAACACUGCCAAUUCUUUCUCUCCUGCUUGCAUUGCACCCCUGAAGAACUGCACAGUGGUGCAAGAAUCUCAUAUGUAAAACUGUAUCUUGCGCCCCAAAGGGUCUACACCAUCUGCAUCCUAAAAGACACCAUCAUCUUUGCUUACUGCACUUCAGCUCCCAAUAAACAGCUACUCUCAUAAGCUGCAUUCCUUCUCUCUAAUAUGAACAGCCUGCCUCAGCAUUCAUUCCCCCAAAGAAAUUGCCUCAGGCUAUAUUUCCAAACUGACAGCAGUAUCUUUUCAGCUCUGAAGGGUUAGAGUUUUGCUCCCAUGAUAGACUGGGAACUCUCUCCCACUGUAUCCUCAAACCAGCACAGGCUAGUCAUUAUUAUUAUUUAUUAUUAAAUGCAUUUCUAUACUGCCCAAAACGCAAGUUCUCUGGGCGGUUUGCAAAACAAUAAAAACAGCCAAUAAAAGAUUGACACACUUCAACAAUUAAAAUUUAAAGUUAAAACUAUUAAAACACAAUUAAAAGAGUAUCUAAUUAAAAGCCUGGGUGAACAAAUGCAUCUUGACUGAUCUUUUAAAAGUUAUAAGAGAUGGAGAGGCUCUUAUUUCAGCAGGAAGUGUGUUCCAAAGCCUCGGGGCAACAAUGGAAAAGGCCCAUCCCUGAGUAGGCACCAGACAAGCCAGUGGCAACUGCAGAUGAACCUCUCCAGAUGAUCUCAAUGGGCAGUGUGGUUCAUAGCAAAGAAGACAUUCUCUUAAAUACCCAAGGUCCAAGCUGUUUAGGGCUUUAUAGGUUAUAACCAAAACCUUGUACUUUUCCUAGAAACUUACCCGCAGCCAGUGUAGAUGUUGUAAGAUAGGAGUGAUAUGGUCUCUCUGAGAUGACCCAGAGACCAAUCUGGCUGCCUCAUUCUGAACUAACUAUAGUUUCUGGACUACUUACAAAGGCAGCCCCACAUAGAGCACAUUGCAGUAGUCAAGUCUGGAGGUGAGCAGCAGAUGUACUACUGUUCGGAGGUCAUUUAUCUCAAGAAAUGGACACAGCUGGUAUAUCAGCCAAAGCUGAUAAAGAGUACCUCGGGCCACUGCCUCAACCUGGGACACCAGGGAGAGGUUUGUGUCCAGAAGCAGCCCCAGACAGCGUACCUGUUCCUUCUGGGGAAGUGUGACCCCAUCCAGAACAGGCAGAUCAAAAUCAUCUGAGUUCUGACCCCGCACAAUAAGUACCUCCAUCUUAUCUGGAUUCAGAAGCUUGAGAAGCUUGUUACCUCUCAUCCAGCCUAUCACUGCCUCCGGGCAGGUUAUGCCAGGCAUUUAGGGAGGUUAUGCCUUCUCCUGAUGAUGUUGACAUGGAGAAAUAGAUUUGGGUGUCAUCAGCAUACUGAUAAAACCCUGCACCAAAUCCCCUGAUGAUCUUUCCCAGAGGGAGAAGCCAGGACCAGACUAGGCCACCAGCCUCCCCCAGCCAAGUCUCUGAAAUACAUACCAGGUCUGCACUUUCAUCCUGAAUCAAAUCAUGGAUGGUUUCUGACUUAUUCUGGACAGACCUGGCAUCACAGAGGAGCAAGGCGAGAGUCUGUGAGAGGUUGGCACUGCUCCCCAAGGUCAAAGAGCUGGCAGGGCAGCUGGAAGGGGAAACAGCCAAUAGAUUUCUGACUUCCCUUCUCCUGUAAUGAUGCGCUGACCUGCCAACUUUACUUCCUCUAUUCACCACCACCAGAAUAGCCACCCCACAAUCAGUGGACACACCCCCUGUCUCCACAUCCCCAGACAAACCAAGACACAUCUGGAACACCCAGAAUCCAAAAACAACAACAGAAGCCAAAAAAAUAUCACCAGGCCCUCACCCUCGUUGCCCCUGAAGUGGGUCCCCCAAAGGGGCAACCCCCUUGGGUGUGGCCCCUUUGGUGGCAACCCCACUGCCACAGGGCAGCAGUCCUUUUAUAAGCCCAUAAAGAUGGCUAAUCUGGGCAGCUGACCCUCUGGCCCCGAUCCCACACAGACUCACCUGCAGGGCAGCCACAGCCCCGCACGCUAGGGGGCACCCAGGCAGGCAAGCUGACAACAGCAGACAGCAACUACUCAGGCUCUCCCCACUGGGCAGCCACUGUCUCUGGGGAGCAGAUGUUAAAGCCUCCUCCUCCUUAAAAGGCUUCUGGCAACUCAUCUGCUGGUCAUCCACCCAAGCUGGUCAUUUGACAUCAUGAAUGAGCAGUUCAAGUUAAAACUGGGGCUGCAUACAUCUUGGUUGUGUGUAGGGGGCACGAAAUCUUAGGGCUCAUCCUGGGAACAUGUCUAGAUUGGGGUUCCCAAACAACUAGAAGGAAAUAAGGGACAUCAUACUGUCUCCCACAUAAUGUUAAAGAGGAAGGCUGUGGCAGGAGAUGCAUUCGUCCUGCCAAAGCUGCUGCCUAUGUAAAUCACUCACAUCUCGGCAUUAUCACACCAGGUUUGACUGCUGUAUGAAGUUCACACCCCAGCCACUGGGGGGUCAUUAAGAACUAAUGCUUGCCAACCCAAAAUAUGCAAAUUUUGUGUAUGAGCCUCUCGGAAAAACCCCAGCAUUUGGGAAAGUAUUUAUUUUGAUGCUUAUAAAUGUGUAGAUUUUCAGGGCAAAUGUGAAAGCAAGUAUGUACACUUUUCAUGCCCUUCCAUCACAUACAUUAAAGAAAUUAUCCUAU